UCUCACACUGAGCCUUUGAACCGCCCAGUCAGAUUCCUUCCAUUCCUAUGGAGUCCAAUUCUCUAGAGAGAGAGAGAGAAAGAGAAGGUUUACACUUCAGAGAGGGACAGAGACAGAGCAGAGCAAUGGAGUCGAAGCUGUCCGAUGCCGCGAGGACCGGGGACGUCCCGACCCUGCUGGAUCUGCUCCGGCAGGACCCUCUCAUCCUCGACAAGGUCACCGUUCUCUGCCUCUCGGAGACCCCCCUCCACACGGCGGCGCUCCUCGGCCACGUUAAGUUCGUCCAGGAGCUGCUGAACCGUCUGCCCGAGCUGGCGAUCGAGCUGGACUACGAUGGAAACUCGCCGCUCCACUUGGCCUCGGCGAAGGGCCACGUCGAGGUGGUGAAAGAUCUCCUCCGCGUCAGCCCUACUAUGGGAAAGGUGAGGAAUCUCGAUGGCUGGACGCCUUUGCAUGUGGCGGCAAUCAAGGGCAGAGCGGAGGUCGUGGCUCAGAUUGUCCGAGACGUGCCCGAGUUGAGCGGGGUGCUGACGGACCGCAGUGAAACGGUGAUGCACCUCUGCGUGUUGAAGAGCAGGAGGGAAGCACUGAAGAUGGUGGCCGGAGAAAUUAUUAGGAAAGGAGGGGACAGUGAUCAUCAGUUGGUGAAUUGGAGGGAUUCCGAUGGGAACACUGCCCUCCACAUCGCCGUAGCCAAGAGGCACGUUGAGAUCGUAAAGUUCCUGCUCACGAUCCCUGGAUUGAAUGUGAACCUGCAGAACAAGAGUGGCUCUACCCCUCUAGAUAUUCUAAUCCAUAGCCCCCGGGAACUGGAUGACUUGGAAAUCCAGGAUUCUCUCAUAACAGCAGAUGCCUCGAGUGCCAAGGAAACUCACUCGAUCUCCUCCCGUGCCUACCACCCCUAUGACAAUCCAAUAGGGUGCCCGGAAACCUCAAAAUCUCCAUCACCAAUACUGCAGAAAGGAGGCAGCUUGGCAAAGAAGCUCUCGCAGCCGAAGCAUAAGCACGGAACUGACUGGCUGGGCAGGAAGAAGAGUGCCCUCAUGGUGGUGGCCUCGCUGAUUGCUACUGUGGCAUUCCAAGCUGCGAUCACGCCUCCAGGAGGGGUCUGGCAGGAUGACCUGACAAUGGAUGCAAAUGGCGUGGCGGUCAAGAAUCCGCACAGGGCGGGGGCGGCGAUCAUGGCCUACAACCAGAAGAAGGAGUACGGGCUGUACAUGAUAUUCAACACGAUCGCAUUCCUGGCAUCCCUCAGCAUAAUCCUGCUGCUAGUAAGUGGGCUUCCAAUGAACAAGAAGAGGUGGAUGUGGGUCCAGAUGGCGAUCAUGUGGAUUGCGAUCACCGCUCAGGUCAUCACCUACUUCUUAGCGCUGAGGCACAUGUCCCCGGACGACGCGGAAAAGAGGCUGCGGGACGUGACCGAGAUAUCGAUGCUUGCAUGGCUCUGCCUCGUGAUCGUCGUGCUCUUGGGUAACAUCGCUCGAAUGAACCUCUGGAUCCUCAGAAAGUAUGGGUUGCUUAAGGGGAAAGAGGAGAAGCCUUCGGCGACACUUGGUGCUGGUGGUGAUCAUGAACGAGAAGGAGAGGAGGUUUAAGAGAAGAUGUACUCUACGGUCAAUGAGUCCGACUCAAUUGUCGAUGGAAUUUCUUGAUUCAUUAUUAUCCGGUAGAUCGUUGGUGAUUGGUGUAAAUGUUGUAGGAAAAUCGAAUUUUGAAUUUUGGAUGACAUUCACGCUCUUCCUCGUGGUUUUUGUCUAUGAAUACCAAAGCUUGAGCAAGAAUUAUAUGCUGAGUUCCCCUUAAGAUGA